AUGUGGGGCGGCUGGCGCUGGCUGGUGAUUCUACUGAACGCCGCCGCCGCGCUAUCGCCGGUGAUCAAGAUUGGCGCGAUAUUCACUGAAGAGGGCCGCGGCGGCAGCGCUGAGCUGGCCUUCAAGUACGCAGUGUACAGGAUCAACAAGGAGCGCAGCGUGCUGCCCGGGAGUACCCUUGUGUACGACAUACAGUACACCACCUCCAGGGACACCUUCAGGACGUACAAAAAAGCGUGCAGCCAGAUCAGAGCGGGCGCGGUGGCCCUGCUGAACAGCGCGGGCCCACUGCUGGGCACCACGCUGGGCGCCAUGUGCAGCUCUCUUCACGCGCCCCACCUCACCGUAGCGCACAACAAUAUAGAGCCGGUUAACGGUUCGGACUUCUUCACAAUCAACUUGUACCCUUCGAGGGAGCUGAUAGACCAGGCGUUCGCCGAGCUGACGGCAUACCUCAACUGGACCAGGAUGGGCAUCAUCUAUGAAGACUAUGGUUACGGCGAAAUCAAUAUCCUGAAGCUGGCUGGAGACGGGCGGGACAUGUACGCAGUACGUUGCGCGGGCGCUUCGGACUACCGCCGAGGUCUGCAGCGUCUGAGGGCGCAACGGAUCGUCCACAUCAUCGUCGACACGGACCCCAAAAACCUGCCUCAGUUCUCCAGGGCGAUCCUUCAGCUGCAGAUGAACAACGAGAAUUAUCACUACAUUUUCACUUCAUUCGAUAUGGAGCUGUUCGACCUGGAGGACUUCUACUACAACCGCGUGAACAUGAGCGGCUGGCGCCUGGUGGACCGGGACUCCGACAAGGUGAAGGAGGCGCUCCAGGUCAUGGAGAAGUUCCAUCCAAUCGGUGCGAACAUCCUUACCGGAGGUCACAUAAAGACUGAGCCGGCGCUUCUGUACGACGCGGUGCAGGUGUUGGCGCUGGCGUUGGCCUCCACCAAGGAGGUCCACACCGCGAACAUGUCCUGCGAAACCGGCACCGCUUGGACCCACGGGAAGACCUUGCUGAACAACAUAGACAAGAUCCGGGCGCACGGGCUCACCGGGCCGAUUGAGUUCACGCGCGGCACCAGGACCCAGUUCAAUCUGCAGCUGAUGCGGCUGGUGGGGGGCGAGGGGGGCGGGGUGGCGCUGGCGGGCCACUGGGCCCCGGGGGAGGGCCUCCAGCUGACAGACCCAGCCGCGUACAGACGCGACCCUCCGCCCAACGUCACGCUCACUGUUGUCACCGUCGAGGAGAAGCCGUACGUGAUGGUGAAGGAGGGCUGGAACCUCCAGGGGAACGCGCGCUUCGAGGGCUUCUGCAUCGACCUGCUGGCCCGCGUGGCCGCCAGGGCGGGCUUCCACUACACCCUGAGGCUGGUGCCGGACAACAUGUACGGCGCAAGGGACCCGGAGACGGGCCAGUGGAACGGCAUCGUCCGGGAGCUCAUGGACAGGAAAGCGGACAUAGCGGUUGCGUCGAUGACCAUCAACUACGCCCGGGAGGCGGUCAUCGACUUCACCAAGCCGUUCAUGAACCUCGGCAUUGGAAUUCUCUUCAAGGUGCCCACCUCGCAGCCCACGCGGCUGUUCAGCUUCCUCAACCCGCUGGCGAUCGAGAUCUGGCUCUACGUGCUGGCCGCUUACAUCCUUGUCUCUUUCACGCUGUUCGUAAUGGCCAGGUUCUCGCCGUAUGAGUGGUCUUCUAGUACGCACGUGUGCGGCCACGAGACUAAACUGCUGACCAACCAGUUCAACGUUUGCAACUCCUUCUGGUUCAUCACUGGCACCUUCCUCAGGCAAGGGUCCGGGCUCAAUCCCAUGGCGACCUCCACACGCAUCGUGGGCGGGAUCUGGUGGUUCUUCACGCUGAUCAUCCUCUCCUCGUACACCGCCAACCUGGCCGCCUUCUUGACGGUUGAGAGGACGGUGCUGCCCAUCCAGAACGCGGCGGACCUAGCGGCUCAGAACCACGUGCAGUACGGAACCCUCAACGGCGGCUCCACGAUGACCUUUUUCCGGGAUUCGAACAUCGACAUCUACCAACGCAUGUGGCGGCACAUGUCGGCCGCCUCGCCGCCCGCCCUGGUGGCCUCCUACGAGGAGGGGGUGAGGAGGGUCCUCGCGGGGAACUACGCCUUCCUGAUGGAGUCCACCAUGCUGGACCACAGGGUGCAGCGCGACUGCAACCUCACCCAGGUCGGCGGCCUGCUGGAUUCGAAGGGCUACGGCAUAGCGACGUGGAAGGGCAGCCCGUGGCGGGACAAGAUCUCGCUGGCGAUCCUCGACCUGCAGGAGAAAGGCGUGAUACAGAUACUAUACGACAAGUGGUGGAAGAACACCGGCGACGUGUGUAACCGGGACGGGAAGGACAGCAAGGCCAACCCGCUCGGCGUCCAGAAUAUUGGUGGAGUCUUCGUGACCCUACUCUGCGGGCUGGCACUGGCCAUUGUGGUCGCCAUUUUGGAGUUCUGCUGGAACACGAGGAAGAACGCAUCCCACGGCCGUCAGUCUUUGUGCAGCGAGAUGGGGCAGGAAUUGAGGACGGCCAUGAGAGGCGGAUCUUCGAGAACCGUAUUGAGACACGGUUGUUCCAGAUGCUCACCAGCUACACAUGUACCACCUGCGCCUUCUAGAUACGAGAUGCCGGACCCGUCAAGCACCGUCGAGCUGAAGGAGCUGCGGUGGUCG